CAGUACGGUGCCGGGUGUAACCUCAUCGUCUUGAACCUGACGCACGUGACCGGUGUGCAGAUACCCUCGGCCAGUCUGCGCCAAGAGCUCAUCCAGGCGCAGGCGCACAAAGCGGGCGAGGAGCUGUCUCUGUGCGUGAAGUGCUACAUGGGCGAGAAGGCCGUCUUCGGUUAUGUGGGCGAGAACGAGCACUUCCUCGCCCAACGCCGAUGCGAGUGA